AAUGCCGCUUUGCAUAAAUCAAAAGAUCAGUCAAAUUGACCGGUUCUCUUCCCGAUUCCGCUGUAGAAUGAUUUAGACGUACCUUGCGUGUACAUACACACACACAGAACGCUUUGGCUGUGUAGUGAAAAUAUCCUUCUUUGCGUGUGUGUACAGAUAGCCCUUCAAAACAUAACAUCGUCAUUGCGUCAAUCCUUUCCAUCCAUCCUUAUCACUACGCCCUCACCUCUUCUUUUGUUUUUUACAACCCUCUCUUCAAAUCGCGAGCAGGACUGUGCUUUGAAGACUUUUCUCCCUCACUCUUCGUUUUGACAACCACUUCAACCAAAACAACACUUCCCAACUCUCUCCAAUCGCAAAGAACUAGCAUCUCUUGCAACACAUUCUCUAACUCACAGAACUUAAAAAACAAAUAUUCACAAUGCGUCUAUCAACAAUCGCACUCACAUUAUUCGCCGUUGGCGUUUCAGCCUCAAUGGCAACCGAAGAUCUCUCACCACGUAGCAGCGCCGUUGCUUCUCGUGAUUUCGAACGCAAAAUUCAAGCAAGAGAUCCCAAGAAGCAUCAUCACAAACAACGCGGUGAUAUGUUAUUAACCGAUGCCAAAUUCACUUGGUACGGUGGCGGUCAACUUGACGCACCUGCUUGUGGUGGACCAACACCAAACCGUAACGAUCGCGUCGUUGCCGUUCCAACCUCUUCUCCAGCCAAAUGCGGUGACGAAGUUCAUUUGCAUCAUGGUGGAAAGAUGGUCAAAGCAAAAGUUGUCGAUUACUGCUCAGGAUGCUCAGAUCACCAAUUCGAUUUGACUCAAGGUACUUUUGAAGCUUUGGCAGCUUUGGAAGUCGGAGAACUCUCUGGCGCUCACGUUCGUAUCAUUCCCCAAUAAACUUGGAAAAUUGAUAUUACAGCACCAUAGACUUCCCUCUCCUUCUUCAAAACAUAGCGUCACCUACCUUGUUCUUUCCUUUUGGGUCCAACAAUUUGUCACCUAUCGCACCAGCACAACUUUCGCCUUCUUUUUUCCACAAGGACAAUCUCACUUGUUGACGAGAGCAUAACAAGAAUCAAAACGGGAUUCCCCUCUUUCUUUCUUGUAUUUGUCCUUCGUCCUUUUAUAUAUUCUUACCCUUCUAUCCCAUCAUCACCACCUCCAUCGUGAUUCUGGAAGAACGAUACCUCUUUUUUUUUCUUUCUCCAUAUGGAAAUCUUUCUAGCAGUUAUCCCUGCAUUCGAUCCUUCUACCUAUAUAGGCUACCCCUUUGUUUUUGAAUAUUUUUCUUGUUCGUUUAAUGCAAUUCAGGUAAUUGCACCUUUUUU